AUGGAGCCAGAGGAAAAUCGAGUAAAGAAGUUCCCGAAGAAGAAAAACGUUCACAUCCUGGCCGUUUGCCUGGACUACAAGGGAACCGAAUCUCCUCUCAGCUGCAUUGUGGAUGGCGAUCGCAUCUGUGAGCUAGCUGCGCAAUCGGGCGUCGAGGACAUCGUCAAGAUGUAUGACGACGGCUCAACAGAAAGCUUCCCUUCUGUCGAAGAGUUGAAGGCCCAGGUGGCCACGAUCUCCGAGCGGUGCAAGCCGGGUCAUUACUUUGUCCUGGCAUAUUCCGGGCAUGGCACCAACCAGGAGAAUGAGGAGGAACAGGAUGGUCUUGACAGUAUCCUCUGCCUCCGCACUCGCGAUGGAGAGAACGACGACAUGGUCGAUGACGACCUUGCGAAGCUGAUUGCUGAAGCUUUCGACCCUGCCGUCACGGUCCUCGUCCUGGCAGACGCAUGCAACAGCGCAGGGGUUCUUGACUGCGACACACCCGGCAUCUGGGGCAAGCGGCAUGUGGUCGCUCUCUCCGGAUGCCAGAACGAGCAAUGCUCCACAGACACUGGCAAUGGAGGUGCAAUGACUAAUGCCCUCUUGCAAGUGCUUGGCAACAAGAAGAUUGCAAAGAUGCGGAAGAAAGGAGGUGUUUCCAUGCAGUACAUCUUCAACCGCAUGGUUGAAGCAAUGCCUGAAGACGAGGAGGAAGAAGGAGAAGAUGAUGAAGAGUACGAAGAGGAGUACGACGAUGACGAGGAAGACUAUUACGAAGAAGACGAGGAUGAGGACGUCGACCCCAUUAGCGGUGAAGUCCCUGAGCCGGGUCAGAACAUCAACAUAUCGUGGCCCGGGGGAUGCGAUCCAACGAAGAUCGCUUUCCCGUUCUAG